AUAUUAUCAAUAUAGUGUUGUUAUUUUAAUGUGGAUUGAUACUUCAAGAUGAUCAGUGAUGGCAUCAGCAUUAGAUAGACAUAGUGUGAAAGAGAAGAUCCUAGAGAACGUUGCUAAAGCCGUCAAAAGUAUUCAAGGUAAAUAUGUAACAGCUGAUCCUGAAAAUCCUGUCUUCCUCGGAAAUUACGAUGACUCUUGUCAGAAGUUAUGUGAAAACCUUGAUAGAGUUUUCUUGCAUGGGCUGAAGCACAUACAGCAUGGAUACUGGAAGGUGGUGUCAGAAUUUACAGACAAGCAAACUCGUAAAGAUAUAAAACAUCUUCAGCAUGUUACAACAGACUUGGGAAGAGGAAGAGCAUGGCUGUUCAUGGCAUUAAAUGAUUGUUUGUUAGAGAGCUAUGUGAGAUGUUAUGAGGAAAACAUCAAAAUUGUCCGAAAGCAUUAUGUCAAAGAGGCUCUGCUUUUAAAUCAACAGAAUGUUAAUGUGUUGUUGACUUUGACUGCAGGCUUAGAGUUUGUAGUGUUUCAGUUAGAUUAUGAUAUUCCAUAUUUGGACUUGGGUGUAUCUCCCCGCCCCAGAUCUGUCUCCCAGCUAUCAGUUGAUGAAGACCGUGUGUCACUGUGCAGUAUGGACAGUAUUGCCUCAAUCAGACCCUCGAGUGCAUACUCCUCUAUAGAAUCCGACACAAGUGACACAAGGAGCAUAAGCAGCAUUGAUCCAAAUCUAAACUCACUGAAGAGUGAAGGAUGUGUGGAUAAUAAGGCACAGAGACUGGACUCGGUUGUUGCCGGUGAGCUUGAGAAUGCAGAAGAAGAACCAAGUAUCGAGGUUAUUAGGCAUAAAGGGCAUAGCAAACAUGGGCAUGGUAAAAAACGGAAAUCAAAGAAAAAAAGCGCUUCUCCUGUUCUGAUAGAACCUUUAGAUGAAUAUGAGGAGGAUUUUGUGGAAAACGUAGAGAAAAAGUUGGUGGAAGAUCCGCAGCCUGAAGUUAAACUUGUGGAAAAAGAGAAAGAACCAGGGUAUGUCUCCAAAUUUAGAGAAGAGGAAAAGCUUGAAGAUAUUCUGAGUUCUAUUGGAGAAAGUCACACAAUACACAGAAAUGAUUCAUCAGAAAAUAAUUUAAAUAGUCAGAUAGACAGAGAAAUGGACAACUCUCAAGAACACAUCAAGGAAAUGAAUGGAAUUAGUUCUAAUGUGAGUGAGAAUGAGAAUAAAUCACCAGAGGUUGAUGUGUACAAAAGUCAGGAGGUAAGGGACUAUGAUUUCAGUGAAGUUGAUGAAGACAGUGAAAAGCUCAAUCAUUUUCAUACUGAAAACAUUUCUGUAAACCAAAAAGUACCAACACCAACACUAAGUGAUGAAACUGAUGUGUGUUUGUCUAGAAGUGGGAAUGUGCAAUAUGGUAUUUCUAAUAGCCAUGACAAUAUAUCCUGUGAUAUUGAAGAAAAUUAUGGCCAGUCUGAAAAAGUAGAUAGCAAACAAACAGAUAGUAAAUCACAAACUUGUGAUGAAAGGGAUAGUGGUCCAGGUUGGCAGAACAGUGAAGUGCUUAAGAGUUCAUCAGAUGAUCUAAGUAUAUACUCCUCUAGUUUUUCUACAGGAGAUAAAACAUCUUCAGCUUCUCAAAUGCAGGACAUGGUUGAUCACAUAAUCAGCCAAUCAGAUGCCUCGUUACAACCACACAUGUUUGAGGAAGAGCCUGAGGAGUUGAUGCUGAAUGAAGAGAAAGAAGUGAAUCAACUCCAUCCUGGAGAAGUCAGGUUAGAGAACAACACUAGGCUGGAGCUUAUGCUGAAUAUAUUUGAAAACUCAGAGGAACAGUUUGUAAGGAUGUACGUGUCACGACUGGGUCACACCGAUGGAGACGACCACCCUGUGUUCAUACUUCUUACUGACCAUGGAAUCUACCUCCUAAACCAAAACCAAAGCAACUUUAAAUUCAUCAAGGACUGUUCUAUACCGUACUCUUCUAUAGACUACAUCUCAUUAACCAUCUCGGACCAGAUCAUCCACAUUGUUUGUAAGAAACGUAGAAACCAGUACUGGCUCACAACAGGAAGUCAGCAGGUCACAAGGUGUAUCAUAGACUGUAUACAGGAACAGAUGAAGCAUCUACAGGACAAGCAGAUUAGUGUUCUAUCUGAUGCCAAAACUCAGAUGAUAGCACUGAGAAAGCACAUAGCAAAGGAAAGCAAUUGCGAAAUGUCAGAAGUAGAAAUUGCUUGCUAUUCUUUGGUACACUGGGGAUCAGAUUUAGAAUCCAAGAAACACAAAAUGGACACAGCAUAUCGGGAGGGGCACCUGCUGUACAGAGUAGUGGAUUCCUCUGGGGGACUAUUAGGACUCAGCAGUCAGAUUUUAAACACAGUACAGGACCCCAAGUCUCUAUUGUAUGGACAGAGCUGGAAAUCAGGCUAUGUUAUAUUGAGAGAUGGAAUGUUGUGUGUGUACCCUGAGAAGAACGGGAAGCCCAUAAUGUUUGUCCACAUGGGUGAUGAUUGUACCGGGUGUCGACGCUCCAGUAAGUCUGACAGAGAUCACUGUAUAGAAGUCAUAAAACAGGACGGGUCAUCUUGGCAGUUUGCAUUAGCCAAUGAAGAAGAGGCCAAUGACUGGCUGCAGAGAUUAUGUCAGGCUGUAGCUGAGGGCUUACAGAAAAAAGAAUUGGCUAAGCCGAGUUGUCUGCCCUGUUGUGCUAUCCUGACCUCCAACAAGCUCUUCCUUUUCCAUGAGGACCUACAAAUCAGUUUCUUCAGAACCCUGGGCAGUGCUAAUAUAGCUGAUAUUGUUUGUCUUCUUGUUGAUCCAGCAUUGAACACCUACUGUAUCUUAGAGUUUGAGUCCUAUGAUGGUGGACAUAGUCAAGACAAAUGGGUGAUCUACUUCAAUGACGAAGCUGAAAAAGAGAGGUUUUGUCAAGUUCUCUCUGACAUGUGGAUAAAAUUUUUCCAGAUUGAGGAGAUGCCAGUGUUUGAGAUAGAAGAUUUUUCCUUACAAAGAACAUGUAGAAUGACUGCAACACAGCUAGAGAACUCGCUCAAAGUCAGGGAACAAAAACAUUAAAAAAGAAGAGCAGGAUAAACUGAAGCAAAGAGCAUGAACCAAAAAAAGAAAAAGAAAAAUAGAGUAUUACUGAUUUCCUGUGGGUUGUCAUUCAGUUUCAACAUUUGAAUGGAGGGAUGUCUUUUUUUUAAAAAAAAAAAAAAAAAAAGGAACCUUAUGCAAUAAUGAUAAGCUGUGAUUAUUUUAAGUUAAUUUUCCUUUUAAAUUAAUUGCUUUAAAUGUGAAAGAAUCAGAAAGGGAGUUUUUGAUAGACUGUACAAGAGCUUGGCUGCCAAUUAUUUUUAUAUCCAUCUUUAUUUGAAGGUGCAUUGUGGUAAAUGUAUUUAUUUUCAUUUAUUUCAGCAAGUAUAUUUGUGAAUGAUUUGUGUUGACACUAUUUUAAAGGCUGUUAUUUGUUUUUAUGUGACAUACUCAAUUACAUGUAAAUUAUUGUGAAAAUGAAAUGGUUGAUAUUGUUCAUGUUUUUAUUUUGCAUUGCAAAGA